GGGGACCUGAUUUCGCGGGCCAAGCAAAGUGGCCUGCCGGUCAAAAAGGUGGAGACCUGGUUCCGGCACCAGCGGGCCCAGGACUGGCCCAGGCUGAUGAAGGAGUUCUGUGAGGCCAGCUGGAGAUUUGCAUUCUAUUUCACUUCAUUCUUCUCUGGGCUGGCUCUCCUGUAUGAUAAGCCCUGGUUUUGGGACCACACCAUGUGCUGGCUGAGCUUUCCACAACAGCCUCUCCCGCCUGCACUGGGCUGGUUCUACCUGCUGGAGCACUCCUUCUACUGCUCACUGGUAGCCACCCUGCCCUUCGACGUGAAGAGAAAGGACUUUAAGGAACAGAUCAUCUACCACUUUGCCACCAUCACUCUGAUCUUUGUCUCCUACUGUGCCAAUCUUAUACAGUUUGGGAUGAUAGUCAUGCUGGUCCAUGAUGGCUCUGAUUAUAUUUUAGAGCUUGCCAAGAUGCUCCAUUACAUGAAAUGGAAGCGGGUCUGUGAAGCAGUCUUUAUCGCGUUUGCUGUGGUUUUCAUCAUCUCCCGGCUUGUCAUUUUCCCAUUAAUCUGUCAGAAAAGAAAACAUGCCAGAAGUGACACAGAGGAAAGUGACAGGAGCGAAGCAGAGGAUCUGGCAAAGAACAAAGAGCAACGCAGGUCUCGCUGCAAAACACCAGGAGCCAGGCAGACUCUUAAAAGCAGGGAGGCUGAAUAG